AGAGUGCCAAGUAACUUCACAAGUACUAUAGAUAUAGACGAAAGAAAUUUCACUUAAUAGCUAGUAAACCGUCAACUAAAAAUCAUGACAUCGUAUCUCCUACUACUCAUCUUGACGCUUGCAAGUUUCUAUUUUUGCGAAUGCUCCCCAUUUCCAAGCCCAUCACCCCCAGAUCCCACACCUCCGGGUCCGAGACCGCCAGGUGCAGACGGAAAAAAAGCUCUGCCUACUCAACCAACGAGCGAGCUGACCUACACUCAAGAGUGGAGCAACUGGAAGGUGGAAAAUGAGAGGGGAUAUGUGAAUGACAAAGAGGAGCUGUUUAGGAGAGACGUGUGGUUAGCUAAUAAGAUGUUUAUCGAGCAGCACAACUUGAAAAAGGCACAGGAGUCUGGAUACCAUUUAGCCAUGAAUCAGUUUGGAGAUUUGACAUACUCAGAAUGGAAGAACUACUAUUUAUCUCAGUACAAGCAUGAUAACUUUACUACCAGUGCCAAUGUCGUUAAGAGAUUGACAACCAAGGGUGGGCCGAACCCUUUCCCUGAGGCAUUGGACUGGAGGAACAAGAAUGCAGUUAGUCCCGUCAAAAACCAGGACAAGUGUGGAAGCAGCUACGCGUUCAGUGCCAUUGGAGCGCUAGAGGGAGCAGCAUCUCUGGCAAAAGACAAGCUAAUCAUUCUCAGCGAGCAAAACAUCAUCGACUGCUCGGUUCCUUACGGCAACCACGGCUGCAAUAGUGGUACAGUGCAGAAAGCCUAUCAGUAUGUGAUCAGUGUUGGAGGUGUGGACACGGCAGACUCAUAUCCUUACUCCAACAAACAAGAGACAUGCCACUACAGAAAAGAGGCAUCAGGUAUAGCAAUGUCAGGGAUAGUUAGUCUGCCUCCUGGCAGUGAGAAAGAGCUACUGGCAGCUGUCGCCACGGUAGGACCAGUAUCAGUCUCAGUGGAUGGAAGCUCCAAUGCAUUCCGAUUCUAUGCCGGUGGAGUGUUCAAUACAAUCAACUGCUCCACCACCACUCUCAAUCAUGCAAUGGUGGUGACUGGGUACGGGGUGGCCAAGACGGGACAAAAAUACUGGCUCGUCAAAAACAGUUGGGGUCCAAGCUGGGGUGAUGGCGGCUACAUUCUCAUGGUCAAGGACAACUUCAAUCAGUGCGGCAUAGCAACAGAUGCAGCUUAUCCAACUCUAUGAUCCUGCAGCAUGCAAAAUACGUCAAAACAUUAAUUACAGCUAUAUAAUUAUAGGAGCGAUAACUACUUGUACAAUAAAUAGUAGGAUUAUAUAAACCUGCACCCUCAAUUCAAUGUUACUGAUACUUUGUU